UCCAACGAAAGGUUUUGCUCUUUAGCAAGUUUUUAUCAACAGCGGUCAUUACAUAAUGUCCACUGUAGUGUAAACUCACGUAUACAUAUCUAAAGCUGCCGGUCAAAAAGUAGAGAGAAGUAGUUUCCGCCUCCUGUUGAACAGGGCAGUUAGUUAAAGUUCGUGAGUUUAGCUUGCUGUGUGUAGCCUGUGAAUAAAUAACAUCGUUUAUUUACUGUUAAACGUCAUUUUGCAUGGCAAAGCCCUGUUCAGAUAGCAUAGGGGAAAAUAUACAUCGUUGGCCAUGUAUAUGGGGUAAUAUAUCUUCUGUUGAUAUCUAAGAAUAGUAUGUUUGACUAAGUUAAUUCCGGUGUAGUUAGCCUGCUAGCUUAGCUAAGUUUUGAGUAACUUUAUUUCAGGCUACUUUAAGGGACCAUCGUCAAAGUUGUAGGCGUCAGCAGAGGGAGUGUAGCACACGGCCAUUCCCUUACUGCGCCACUUUAAGUGAAAUGGGAAGCCUUGAAACCUCCAUGUUUGUAUCUUGAAAUUGCGAGCGGAGUUGAGCACCAUAUUGAAUCAAAGUUGCCAACUCCUUGUCAAAUGUUUUAUAACUUUCAUACUUCAAACUUCAGCGGGUAUCUGAGCGGACAAAUACACCCGGAGUGUAAUGGACUUGCUGUAGGCGACUCGUUUCUAGGUUUCCCGGAGCGCUCCAGUUUUGUUUUCGUACAAGUUAAGUUGGUUUCAUGCAGCACCGAGUCAGCGAACAAUCUCCAACUUUAAAGUGUGAGGUCAGCACUCUGGACCAGACCUGGAUGUGAUGGACAAUCCGUCCUCAGUAAUCACCCAAGUCAGCCGGGAUGAAGAGGGAAGUAAAGCCGCAGGAGAGAGGGGUUCCUCUCCCUCUCUGUCCUCCAAGAAGCCCAGGAGCAGAGGCCUCUUCUCCAGCCUCUUCUGCUGCCUGUGUCGGGACCAGCCUGAACCCCCACCAGUCAACAACAACGCCCCUCUGCUGGUCGAAGAGAACGGAACCGUCUCCAAGAUCCAGGUGAAGCCACUGCUUCCUCCAGCGAAGUCAAAAGACUCUGGAAAGAUCUGCGUGGUUAUAGAUCUGGACGAGACGUUAGUUCACAGCUCGUUUAAGCCUGUGAACAAUGCAGAUUUCAUCAUUCCUGUGGAAAUAGAUGGAACGGUACACCAGGUGUAUGUCCUGAAGCGGCCCCACGUCGAUGAGUUCCUGAAGAGGAUGGGGGAACUGUUUGAGUGUGUCCUGUUCACUGCCAGUUUAGCCAAGUAUGCAGACCCAGUCUCUGAUCUCCUGGACAAGUGGGGCGCUUUCCGCUGUCGCCUCUUCCGGGAGUCCUGCGUCUUCCACAGAGGAAAUUAUGUUAAGGACCUGAGUCGCCUGGGUCGUGACCUCAACAAGGUCAUCAUCGUGGACAACUCCCCGGCCUCCUACAUCUUCCACCCCGACAACGCAGUGCCUGUGGCCUCGUGGUUCGACGACAUGUCCGACACCGAGCUGCUGGACCUCAUCCCAUUCUUCGAGAGGCUGAGCAAAGUGGACAACGUCUACUCAGUCCUCAAGCACCAGGGGGCCGCAAGCUAACAGUGUUCGUCUUUUCAUCUCAGCUCUGAACAAAGCGGCGUACUGAACGGAAAUACACACCAGCGAGGCUCCAUCACCAGCUCCAGCUAUCACUGCCCACCAGAACACAGACUGCUUCACAGCUGACAGAGCCUUCACCUUCCCAGUAUCAAACCAAGAUUAUGUUUGGGAGUUUUUCAGUGACUUCGAUGGCGUCAUCACUGCCACCUUCUGGUCAAACAGAAAACUGCCUGAAAAUUACCUUGCAAUUCUCCCCCCAUGAACCAGCUCAUGUGAGUGAAUGCAUGAAAGGAUGAAUGAAUGUUUAAGGACAUUUCACUGAACUUGCAGUACAUUUAACAAAACAGAUGUCUGCAGCCAUGAAUCCAAUGGACACAGACUGGGUACCGGACAUAGACUUCUCUCAUGGACUCGGCAGUUUGACCCUGCAAACCGAAGCAGGUUUGGUAAGCAGGAAUUAAGUGGAAAGGAAUUUUUGGAAAUGUUUAUGUGCAAAUAAACUUGAUCAGAUUUGUCAGUGAAAGAGCAGAAAGUGAACACAUACUGUAGAUGUCUUUUAAAUAUUUUGGAAUAGCAUUACCUUUGUCACACACCUUAAUCUUGUCAAUUAUCACACUAUUUGUCUGCAGUCGAAAACGUGAUCCUCGGGUGUGAUUUUAGAGGUUUUAGAACAAAAUUAUCAGGUAUUUUUGAAUAAUCAUGACAGUGUUACGGAUGAAUCUGAUUUAAUUAAAAAAAAAAAAAAAAAAAGGUUUCAUUAAAAACCAUCUGGGAUUGUACUGUCAAAUAUAAUCAGGAGUUGUUAAAUACAUUAAUAACUAAAUGAUUGGACAGCACUUUAAAGUCUAGUCUAGAGUACAGUCCUCGCUUUCACUGCAGUUUAGAAAUUGGUUUUAGCACGAUUUGAAUACUAAACAUAGUUUGAAAACUGAAUAAUAAAUGGGGAUUAUUAUUUUGGAUUUUGGAUUUACUAGUAUUAAAUAAAACUAGUGGAAAAAAUCAAUAAUGUGUAAAUAAUAAUGUCCUCUUACAGCAGGAGGCAAUACAAAUUUUUGAUGCAUAGAAACAUUACUCAGUGGGAAAAUCAAUCAUUCUAAACUAAAUGUUUCAGCACUGAAACAAAAUGACUGCAGUAUUUUCUUUUUUCUCCAAAAUUCAGACACUAAUAUGAAUAUCAAACCAUCCGCAUAUGACAGUGGAAGAGCAGCUGCUAUGCUUAUCGGUUGUGGAUUUCCAAAGGCGGUGCAAAGAUUGAUGGACAGCCAAAAUGCAUUGUGUAUCUCCACCUGUGUGUUGAUAGAUGCCAUGACCAGUUGAUGCCAGAGACGAGAGGACCAGGAUCGACUUCUAAAAGCGGGUCAUUUGUCAUGCUACAUCAGAACAGAGGCUCCGUUGGUGUAUGAUUGGUCUUGUUACUUGUUUUAAAGCCACACUCAAAACUUGAAUAUCUCACAGCAUUCACAGACUGUAUUUGAAUGGGUAAAGAAAGUCGCAGAAAAGUUAGUUUGGCUUGUCAGUUUUGGUCUCAUAAGCUUAAAAGUACAACUUUUUUUUUUCUUUUCAGUUAAGCGGUACACAUACGCUGGAAACAAUUUCAGGACUUUGUAAUAAAAUGUGUGUCGAGGGGGGGAGUCUAGGAUAUGUGAGGUGUUGUGCCUGGUGAGCUGGCACCCCUUUGCAAACAAAAAGUGGUUUAAUUCGGUCCAGAUUUAAAGGAGAAAUCCAUCCCGAAACACUUUCAACACCGUCAAUAAACAGCUAUUGGUGAUUUUUCUUGCACCUCUGGGUCCUUUGUUAUUUGGCUGGUGGUCAUAUUCUGGUGUAUAGACAUCACGUAAUGUUAAUGGGAGUUAAAUGAUGAUGUGUUGUAGUGUGAUUUGAGGGUGGAGUUUUCCUUUAAAAUCUCAAUUAUAACAGAUGUGGAGUUAUACAUUGAGGCUGUGCUGCUUUUUUCGUUUUAUUUUUUAAGCUCUAUGUGGCGAUGUUAGUUGGUCGGUUUCUUGAGCUGGUCUGUUUUAAGGAGCGGCCUGGUCUCUAGCAGGAGUCUCAGACUCUUGUUAUGUCCUUCAUAUGCGUUGACAAUACCAUGUGUUGACACUGAUGAAUGAAAAUGGUGGAUUUGACUAAGAGCCUCAAUAGCAGCGUUGAUGCUUGAUGUGACUUUACCUAGAUGGAACAAGGAUGACAAUUAAGUCCACCAUAUUAAGAGCUAUUACAUUAUUUUUCUAUGUUUAACAAAUUAUUGUCAAUCAAAUUAGCCUUUUUCUUUUCUAAAUAAUUACUGAUUUUAAUUCUUCUCUUUGCCCAGCAGUGGUCCUCUGAUACGACAUUGACAGGUUGUUUUCCAGAGGGGAAACACUGUUGUGGCCGUUUUCAUGCAAGACGUGAUUGGUUACCUCAUAUAUUAAUAGGUAGGAUAUGGAUCAGAAACACCAGCAACUGACUAAAAGAUUAGUAUCUUACUGUUGUAGGCACAUAACAGGGUAAUUUGUGUGUUUCAUGUAAGCCAUCAUCACAUGUCUCAAUUAGAUUUAAUGCUGAUACUGUUGUUUCUGUUUUUGGAAUUCAUUGGCAAAAAGGAGUAUUUAUAGGGAUGUUAAGUCAUUUGAUUACAUACAGAACAAGUGUUGUGUCACUACAGGGCCCAUUCGCUGAUACUGUACUUCUUACACAUUCAGUAGAUAUGUAUAUUUUGUUUUGCACAAUAAUAAAGCAAACAAAUUUCAUUAAUAUAUGGAAUAUUCAUGUUACUGUACUCAUGAUUCAAUAGAUGUAACCUAAUUUUUGACCUUUGUUGUUUUAUCAUACCAAAUUAUAUAUGGACUGUGUAAUAAUGCCAUUUUUUCCAUAAAUGCUAAAUGAAAGAUG